CCAUGUGACCCUCUCGGGUAGGACUCUGCAGCUGCUUCGCAGCGCAACUCUCUCACCAAACUACGCGCCCUUGCGCUGGCGGUGCCAAAAGGCUCCCGCCCCAGUUGAAAAGGCGCAGUGCAUGCCCGCCCGCGUCACUCCGCGGGCGGAGGACGCACGUCGGGGCGCGGCUCCCUGGCUAGCGCGCAGCUCCAGCUCUGUCACUCGCGCCCUUCCGAGGACCUGGCGCACCCGAGCGCCUGCCUGGGGGCGGCGGCAACAAUGCACGGAGCCGCCAGAGCUCCAGCCACCAGCGUGAGUGCCGACUGCUGCAUCCCGGCCGGCUUGCGCCUCGGACCGGUGCCUGGUACCUUCAAGCUGGGCAAGUACCUGUCAGACCGCAGGGAGCCCGGGCCCAAGAAAAAGGUGCGCAUGGUGAGAGGGGAGCUGGUGGACGAGUCGGGGGGCUCCCCUCUGGAGUGGAUAGGGUUAAUCCGGGCAGCCAGAAACUCCCAGGAACAGACUCUGGAAGCUAUUGCAGACUUACCCGGAGGACAGAUCUUCUACCGAGCAUUGCGAGACGUCCAGCCAGGGGAGGAGCUGACAGUGUGGUACUCUAACUCCUUGGCUCAGUGGUUCGACAUCCCCACCACGGCGACUCCGACUCACGAUGAGAAAGGGGAGGAGCGCUACAUCUGCUGGUACUGCUGGAGGACGUUUAGAUACCCCAACAGCCUUAAGGCACACCUGCGUUUCCACUGCGUGUUCAGCGGCGGUGGAGGCGGCGCCUUCCUGCACCACGAACACGCGGCUCGCCAAGGCGCCGUCCCAGCGGCUGAUGGCCUCAGUCUCUCCCCGAAACCCUCCGCGUCCGAUUUCGCCGCGCCUUCCCAGGCAGGAACUUUGCGACCCCACCCACAGGGCCCGCCACCAGCUCAGGCCUGCGGUGCGCGGGAGGGCAUCAAGCGCGAGGCCUCUUCCGCGCCCUCGGCCACCUCGCCGACCCCAGGCAAGUGGGGGCAGCUCAAGAAAGGCAAGGAGCAGCUGGACCGUGCCUUGGACAUGAGCGGGGCCGCCCGAGGACAAGGGCACUUCCUCGGCAUCGUGGGCGGCUCCUCGGCGGGGGUCGGCAGCCUGGCCUUCUACCCCGGCGUGCGCUCCGCUUUCAAGCCAGCCGGCCUAGCCAGGGCGGCGGCGGCCGCCCACGGCGACCCCUACCGGGAGGAGAGCGGCAGCAAGCAGGGGGUCGGCCUCACCUUGGGCAGGCUGCUGGGCGGCGGCCGGGCGUGCGGGCGCCCCGGCAGCGGGGAGAACUCGGCGGCGGGCGGCGCGGGUCACCACCAUCACCACCACGCGCACCAUCACCACCACCAUCCGAAGUGCCUGCUCGCGGGGGACCCGCCGCCGCCACCGCCCCAUGGUCUGCCGUGCUCUGGGGCCCUGCGCGGCUUCCCUCUGCUCUCGGUCCCCCCGGAAGAGGCGUCCGCCUUCAAGCACGUGGAGCGCGCCCCGCCCGCCUCCGCCGCACUGCCAGGAGCGCGUUACGCGCAGCUGCCCCCCGCGCCCGGGCUGCCCCUCGAGCGCUGCGCGCUGCCGCCCCUCGACACGGGCGGUCUCAAAGCCUAUCCAGGUGGUGAAUGUAGUCACCUGCCUGCCGUCAUGCCGGCCUUUACAGUCUACAACGGGGAGCUGCUCUACGGCUCACCGGCCACUACCGCUUAUUACCCGCUCAAAUUGCACUUCGGCGGGCUGCUGAAGUAUCCGGAGUCCAUCUCCUACUUCAGCGGGCCAGCAGCGGCCGCCCUAAGCCCCGCUGAGCUGGGCUCGCUGGCCAGCAUCGACCGAGAAAUCGCCAUGCACAAUCAGCAGCUGUCCGAGAUGGCUGCCGGGAAGGGUCGCGGACGCCUGGACUCGGGGACGUUGCCACCGGCCGUCGCGGCGGCGGGAGGCACAGGGGGCGGCGGCAGCGGAGGCAGCGGCGCAGGUAAGCCCAAGACCGGCCACCUGUGCCUCUACUGCGGCAAGCUGUACUCGCGCAAAUAUGGGCUCAAGAUCCACAUGCGGACGCACACGGGCUACAAGCCACUCAAGUGCAAAGUCUGUCUGCGGCCCUUCGGCGACCCCAGCAAUCUCAACAAGCACAUCCGGCUGCACGCCGAGGGCAACACGCCCUACCGCUGCGAGUUCUGCGGCAAGGUACUUGUGCGCCGCCGGGACCUGGAGCGACAUGUCAAGUCCCGCCACCCUGGCCAGAGUCUGCUCGCCAAAGCGGGCGACGGCCCGGGUGCCGAGCCCGGCUAUCCCCCGGAACCUGGGGAUCCCAAGAGCGACGACAGUGACGUGGACGUCUGCUUCACAGACGACCAGAGCGACCCCGAGGCUGCGGGCGGCGGCGAGCGCGACUUGUAAUAACUCUUCCCGGGAAGGGGCGGGGCGAGGACAGAGGAAUCGAGGGUCUAUUCUCGCAGAAGAGGAACUCCUGGUGGUGGAAAGAGGGACCCAAUGGACAAAACCGUUUUUGUUUUUGAGAGGGCGCCAGAUAUGGAACAGUGAGAGGUCCCAGAUCUGGUGCUGAAACUCAGAGCAACAGUUCAGAGGUGGCAUAAAUCCGGCCACCUGGACAGCUCGAGGGCGACCAGGACCUCCGUACCCCGGGCCUCUGGACUUCUUGGAUGAGCUCACCCUGAACCGCCCAGACGGUCUGCUCUUGGUGUUCAGGAUCACAUCAAUGCGAACGUCACAGCGCCCUCGAGGGCGCACAUUUUAACUGCCACGUAUUCUUAAGUUGUACUUUUCUGUGAAGGAAAUUGUGCCUUUUGAAACGACGUUUUGUGUGUGUAUUUUACAUUAGCAUUUCAUUUCUUAGGCAAAACACUAGUCACAAUUGGGUAGAUGUGACAUCCAUAUACUGAUUUCCAUUUUAUCUGUUCUCAUGUCAAAGACUACGCCUUGCCCUAUUGAAUAUAGUGGUAGCAGGUGUACAAAUUGGUCAAGUUGCAAUUAUUUAUGAGAGAAUAAUGAUAAAUGUAAAAUAUCUAAAGCAUGAAUCUAAGAGCACGCAAUAUAUAAUUUUAAAGAAAAUAUUCUAUUUGGUAGAAUACAAAUGUGGUGUGUGUUGUUUUAUAAUGACUGCUGUACAGUGGAUAUAGCAUUUUGGUUUUGGUUCCAGCUUGUGCAAUCUUUAAGAAAAAUAAAGAUACAAACGAGAGUUUGUUCACUUAGU